AUGAAAGCCUGCACAGCCGCCGAACGCGAAAAGAUCGUAGAAGAGACGCCAGUUUUGGCGGAACUAGUGAUGGGUGAUGAGGAUGACAAGGACACGAUUACUAAGGCACCGGAACCUGAAGAAAAGGAAGACGAGGAAAAGAAGGAAGAAGCGCCACAAGAGGAGAAACCUGUUGAAGAGGAUAAGAAACCCGAAGAGGAGCCGAAGACGGACGCUGAAAAGACUGAAGAGGCUAAGUGA